AUGGACGGUGAUGGAGUGAUUGUUGUUGGGGAAGAUAAGGAAUCAUCAGUAGUAAAUGAUUUGUUAGGGUCAGAAUCUGAAGAAAUAAUAAGGGAAAAUGACGGAGAUGACGAUUUGGUGACACCGUGGGAUGUUACAGCAUCAAGCAAGAGAGGCAUUGAUUAUGAUAAAUUGAUAGCGAAAUUUGGAUGUUAUAAAAUAACACAAGAUUUGAUCAAUCGGCUUGAACGGAUUAUUGGCCAGAGGGCACAUCCAAUGCUGCGACGUGGACUGUUUUUUGCCCAUCGUGAUUUGUCAUUGAUUUUGGAUCGCUUGGAACAGAAAAAACCUUUUUUCCUAUAUACUGGCCGAGGUCCGAGUAGUGGUAGCCUGCAUCUUGGGCAUCUUAUCCCAUUUGUUUUUACAAAAUGGUUGCAAGAUGUAUUUGAUGUGCCUCUUGUCAUUCAGAUAACAGAUGAUGAAAAAUUCCUUUGGAAGAACCAUACAUUAGAUGAAAUCAAGCAUAUGGCAAAGGAGAAUAUUAAAGAUAUUAUUGCUUGUGGUUUUAGUCCUGAUAAAACUUUCAUUUUCUUAGAUACUGAGUAUAUGUGCCCGUCUUUUUUCACGAAUAUCUUGAAGAUAUGGAAACUUGUAACACUUAACCAAGCGCGGUCAAUUUUUGGAUUCACUGGUGAAGAUUCGAUGGGCAAAGCAGCUUUUCCUUCAAUUGAAGCAGCUCCAUGCUUCAGUAGUAGCUUUCCAUUAAUAUUUGGAAAACGAUCAGAUAUACCAUGUAUCAUUCCAUGUGCUAUUGAUCAGGAUCCUUACUUUCGAAUGUGUCGUGAUGUUGCGCCGCGAUUGAAAUAUUCAAAACCGGCGAUGAUUUACAGCUCAUUUUUACCAGCUUUACAAGGUGCACAAAGCAAAAUGGCUGCGUCUGAUACCACCACAUGUAUUUAUUUGGAUGAUACGCCUAAAAAAAUAAAAAAUAAGAUCAAUAAAUAUGCUUUUAGUGGUGGACGUGAUACAAUUGAAGAGCAUCGUAAAUAUGGUGGUAACUGUGAUAUUGAUAUUUCAUAUCAGUUCUUACGGUAUUUCAUGGAAGAUGAUGAUGAAUUAGAAAGUAUACGCAAACGUUACACAAGCGGCGAAUUGUUAACUGGUGAGCUUAAAGCAAUAGCCAUCAAAGAAAUUCAACGGAUAAUGGCAGAAUUGCAGCAGCGACGAAAAGAAGUGACUGACGAAAUAGUGGAAAGUUUUAUGAUCCCACGAAAGUUAAAAUAUGAUUACUAA